CGGUGAUGGCGCUGCCGGUGGAGGAGUGGCGGCUGUACGCUGCCCGGCGCUGGGCCGCGCUAGAACCGGAGCUGCGGGAAAGGCUGGCAGUGGCCUCGCUCCACGAAACGCUGCGCCUGGGCUGCGGCCUCCUCCGGACUGAGGCGGAGGGUGCGGUUUUGCAGCGCUUGUGCCGCCGAGCACGCACGGACAAGGAACCGGCGGCUGCCCGCUGCUACCGGGAAGAGGGAAACCGGCUGUUCGGCUGCCGCCGUUACGGUGCCGCCGUGAAGCUCUACUCGAAGGCAGCAUCCCACGAGCUCCCCGGCAGCCCCGAGGUCUCCGUUUGCUUCGCCAACCGCUCAGCUGCCCUCUUCCACCUCGGGUACUUCGAGGUUUGUUUGGAAGACAUUGCCAGGGCUGAAAGUCAUGGUUAUCCAGACAGGCUGCUGCCCAAGGUCCUGCUGCGGAAAGCUGAAUGUCUGCUGUGUCUGGGGAGGUUACAGGAUGCAGCAGAUGCCCUCAGUGUGGUGGAGAAUAAAAUUGCUAUGGAUGGAAUCAUGACUACUCCUGUGCAUCAGACACUGCUAAAAAAGUUGAGUCAACUGAAGAUUAAAAUACAUGAGAAAGAGAGCUGCCCAGAGCCUGCACAAGAAUCAUGCAGCAACAUUCAAAGAAAGUUGGAGAUCUGGGAAGAGAAUGACAGUAUUGCAGGUGCAUCUUCAUCUCUGAGCUUGAAGUUUGAUACAGAGAGAGGACGUCACUUGGUAGCCUCCCAGAACAUCCGUCCAGGACAGAGCCUGUUGAAAGAGGAAGCCUUUGUGAGUGUGCUCUGCCCAGGGGAGAGCUUUCUUCUGCAGGACAGCAGUGAAGCAGCCUGGGAUACUCGAGUCACUAAUGCAGAUCUUUAUUGUCACCAUUGUCUGGGGCAGCUCUUGGCCUCAGUGCCUUGCCGUGGGUGCAGUUACACAAAGUACUGCAGCCAGAACUGUGCAGACAUGGCAUGGGAGCAGUACCACAGGACAGAGUGCUCCCUGGGAGCACUGCUCCUCACACUGGGGGUCUUCUGCCACGUCGCCUUGCGGACUGUUCUCCUGGCAGGAUUUGCAGAGGUUAGCAGGCUGGUGGAGUGGUCCCAUGAUGGUGACAAGGACCCUCAUAACCCUGAGGCAAGAUGCAAACGUCUCAAUGAGGCACCAGCUGGUAUCAGAGGCAUCCCUGGUUGUAAUGAAAAUGGUCAGUACCAGAGUUCUUACCACGCUGUCUUCAACCUUCUGCCACAUACUGAGAAGCAUAGCCCUGAACACAAGUUCAUGUGCAUGCUGAGUGUAGUAGCUAUAUGCAAGCAACUGCAAGAAGCUGGCCUAGAGGCUGCUGUUUUGAAUCAGGAAUCAUCUGAGGAGUGGUCCAAACCAAAGGCAUGUGAAAAAUCAUCAAGUGAAUUGUCCCCAGAGCUGAAGACAAUGGCAGAAGCCAUGCUGAGGCACGUGUUGCAGCUGCAAUGUAAUGCACAAGCAGUCACAGUAAUGCAGGAGUCAGGGUCCAGAGAUGGUGCUGUUGUAAAUAACGAGCCUGUGCGCCUGGCGACAGCUUUCUUUCCUGUCCUCAGCCUUCUGAACCAUUCAUGCUGUCCCAAUACCAGCGUGUCAUUUAGUGGGACAGCUGCCACUGUCAGGGCAUCACAGCCAAUCCCAAGAGGCCAAGAGAUUUUCCAUUGCUAUGGGCCUCACCAAUGUAGGAUGAGAGUUGCUGAAAGACAACAGCUUCUUGGUCAGUAUUUCUUUGAGUGUCGCUGUCAGGCAUGCCUCGAUGAGUUGGAGUCUGGUGUCAAGAGUGUGGUGACCCUGAGAAACUCAUUCUGCUGUCCUAGCUGCCAGGCUCCAGUGCAGGGGGAAGACAUGCUCUGCUGUUCCAAUGAAGCUUGUGCAGUCUCAGUCAGCAGAGAGAGCCUGUCACGCCGUUUACAAGACCUCCAGCAACAAAUGAAGAAGGCAUUAGGAGUGCUGAGAGACGGGAAGCCUGAUCAAGCUAUAAAAAUGCUCCUGAAAUGCCAGAUGGAUGCUGGAAACUUCUUGUCUCCAGAGCAUUUGCUGAUGGGAGAAAUGGAGGAUCAUCUGGCACAGGUCUAUGCUACUCUUGGGAAGUGGCAGGAGGCAGCCAGACACCUGGAGAAGAGUAUUGAGAUUGUGGAAAUGCAUCAUGGGCCAUCAAGUAUAGAAAUAGGUCAUGAACUCUUCAAGCUGGCACAAAUUCUCUUCAAUGGAUUUGCAGUUUCUAAAGCUCUGAGCACAAUUGAAAGAGCAGAGGAGAUUUUGUCAGUGCACUGUGGUCCUCAGAGUACUCAGAUCCAGGAACUACAAGAGAUGAAGACCUGCCUGUCAGAGCUUCCCAAAAGCAUCCUUCAGAGGACAUAAUUUCCCUGUCGAAGGAAGCUGCAAUGUGAUCUUUCAUCAAAGCUGGGUUUCAUGUGACAAGGUGGUCUUGUAGUAGAAGCUGGAAAAUCAUGUGUAACAACAAAUUGAAUGAAAUCCAAAAUGCUUUUUAGUGAGAUGGCUGUAAAUAAAAUGACCAAUUCUAACAUGA